CCCUCUCCUUUAUAUAAAGAACAGCCAAAGCGACCCUGUUUUUCUUUAUAUGUAUAGCUUUCAAUCAAUCGAGUUGUAUCAUCCAUCCAAGAAUUUUUAACUCCAUUGUUUCUUUGUUUGUGAAAACAGCAAUAUGAGCAAGAAGGCCAGCAAAGAAAGCAAACUAAGCAGAUAUCUAAAGGCGCCCCUCCGGUUUCUGAUCAAGGCCAGGGAUUUCUAUAUAAAAAGCAUGACAGAAUACUCGGACAGGAUUGGGUAUGGCACGGUUAUGGGUUGCCCUACAGGCCAAAUUAAUACUGUGCCUAGGAGCUAUAGUGUCAGCUCAACGAAAUCGGGCAACGGUGAUGAUGACUUGAGGGAACUUGUCAGGGCUGCUUCAACAAGGAGUUUGAGCAACAAGGUUCAGUUGGACCUUCAUCGUAGACAACAAGCAAGGCUGUCGCCGACGACCGGAGCAAAUAAUAUGCCUAGAAGUUACAGUGUUGGGAUUGGGAGGAUUGAUGAAGACAAGCCUUGUGACUUCGAAGAAGAUAUCAAAGUGAAGACUGAUGUUUUCCCAAGGAGCAAGAGCUAUGCUGUUACAAAGGGAAAAGGUACUUUUUUCUAAGUGAAAUUUUAAGGAAUUUGCCGGAGAGGUUUUGGCUGGUGUUGGAGAAUUUACAUGUUACAAUAUAUUAAUUGUUGAUAGAGCUAGAGUUUGUCCAUAUACUCGAUUCAGAUGUUUGCAGUGAAAAACACAGUGCCAGAAAUCCAAUGUCUUUCUUAAUAUGAUUUUAGUUGUAUUCAUAUGUUUCAGCCUUGAUGUUCUGUUCUAUGAUUUGUAAAUCAGGAGAUUCAAAUCUAAUUUGUGUUUGAUAAUUUGAAACUAAAACUUUUGACAGGAAUUUGGAGUUGGAUGCAUUAACCUAAAUUAUGUCAAUGGUACAGAUCAGACUAAA